AUGGCAUUGAGCACUUACUUCAACUUGGACUUUCAGCAAACUCCUAGCUCUUUCCUUGAAGCAACACCAACACUUAAUUUACCACAACACCACCUCUUUGCUUAUCCAGAUGAAAAUUUCUUCUUUCCAAAUAGCACUUUUGUUGACCAUGAUGCAAGUUUCCUCUACCCUGCAGAUGAUAUCUACUACCCUCCUCUGUUUCAGUGCAAUUCUUCUGCUUAUGACCCCACCAAUUGCAAUAUCUCACUCUCUGACAAUGAUAUUGUAUUUCCAUUCCUAACUCAAGAUGAUUACCAAAACCUCCUUCCAUGUCCAAAGCGCCAAAAGUGCUUCUUCAAUGACAAUUAUGGCCUUGUGCCAACCAAUUUGUUUGAUUCCUUGCAAGCAGAGGAACCGCCACUAUCAGAAGCAGAGCUUUUCUAUGCAAUGGCGCCAGAGUUCCAAAUUCAACAACUUCCACAGUGUGGUAAUUUUGUGGCAAAUAAUGAUGAGAAUAAGAAGAGUAAGGAGAACGAGAAAAUCAUAUCUGCUCAGAGCUUAGCAGCAAGAGAAAGAAGGAGGAAGAUCAGUGACAAAACACAGGAGCUAGGGAAGAUUGUUCCUGGUGGGACUAAGUUGAACACUGCUCAGAUGCUGAAUGCAGCUGGCAAAUACAUUCAGUAUUUGCAGGCUCAAGUUCAGAUGCUUCAACUUAUGAACACACUCCAAGAAGAAGAGGAGGUAGCACUAGCACCUUCAAUUGAUGAAGAUCUUCAGGCACUGUUUGUCUCACCCUUGAUUCAAGAGAAGAUGUACUUGGAGGAGAAGUGCUUUGUUCCAAAAGACUUUGUUACCACUUUAACAAAUCUUGAUAAUCUUCAAUCAAGUCCUUCCAUCCUUCAAGAUCUUAAUCAGUUGAUUGGGACUUGUCACAAUAAGAAGAAAGCAAAGCAAGAGUAAUUAAACUGCCCAUGAUCUGUUGUAGUGUUCUUGUUAGCCCAAUUUUUUAGCAUUUUUUCUUCGAUUAUGUAAUUUUUUUGAAAGAUUCGAUUAAGUAAUUGCCAUCUUCUAAUUGGCAUU